GACAGCGCCGCAGCGUUUCGGCCCCACUCGGCUCUUUCCGCUGACGGAGCCUGAGCUCUUCGGCCUCACUCGGCUCUUUCCGCUGAGGCGGGCUGCCGCCUUCGGCUCCGCGCUGGCCGCCCGCCCGCUCAGUCCUGCCCAUGUCGGACGGGCUGGCUGCUGCCGCCGGCUCUCGCUUCGAGCCCCCGGCCACCGGGACGCUGGGCGCCCGCGGAGGCCCCGCACCCCAGUGCCCCUCAGAAAAUGAUGGCUCAGCCCGAAAGACAGAGCCUGAAGAUCAGCUAGUUGAUUCUUUGGAGUCCAAUACUUCUCAGAACAGGUCACAGGUUGGGGUGCUCUUGAAUGCUGGCAUGACAGAGGAUUUGAAAGAAAAAGCUGGCACUUUGAAGGACCAGGAAGUGUCUGAACUAGAAGAGAAGCUGCCUGACCAAAUCCAGUCACUCAGAGAGAAAGCUGCUAAGAUAACCAACUACCAUGUUCCUCAAGGAGCAGGGGAUAUAAUCAUGAUUCAGUCAGAUCACACCGGUGCUGUGGAUAUCCUUUCAGCUGAGCUGGAGACUGCUGACCUCCUUGGAGAGCAGAGGAAAGCUCAGCCUCCCCCUCUGGCUCCACCCACUAUGUGGACCACUGAGAAGAUGAAGGAGUUCAAAGCCAAGAUGGGAAAGGAGAAGAAUGGUCAGAUGGUGGUGAAGCGAGGCGAGGUGGUGACAGUCCGUGUGCCUACUCAUCCUGAUGGGAAAUGCAUUUGCUGGGAGUUUGCUACAGAUGAUUAUGACAUUGGAUUUGGAGUCUAUUUUGACUGGACCACAGUUACUAGCACUGCCAUUACUGUUCAGGUCAGUGAAUCCAGUGAUGAGGAGGAUGAAGAGGAAGAGGAUGAAAUUGAAGGACUUGCCCCUGUUGGUGAUGUGGAGAGAGGCUCCAAAAGCUAUCUGCGGAACCGCUACAGCGAGGUCAUGCCUGUGUACCGGAGGAACAGCCAUCGGGAGGUGCAGGCAGGCAGCCAUGAGUACCCAGGCGAGGGCAUCUACCUGCUGAAGUUUGAUAACUCCUACUCUCUCCUUCGCAAUAAGACUCUAUUCUUUCAUGUCUAUUACACUAGCUGAAGAAACAGAAGGGGGCAGGGACAGCAGGCAGGUAAUGGUGAGUGCAGCAAGCUGCCACCCAGCCCUGAUACUGCCUGAUGGGCACCCUCGUGUGACAGAACUAAGGCACAAUUCUGCUGGCUUCUCUUCAGACACUGUUUUCUCCCCACACUUUUCUUCCCUGCUGUCCCAGUGGAGAAAGGUAGCUAUGACCACCUGUUUGUCCACCAGUAGCUGCAUUUUCUGUAAAACUGUGGGAGAUCUAAUCUGUGUGGGCAUCAGGCUGGACCUUCAUGUCACAGCUGAUAAAUGCCCAGAGGCCAGGUUCAGGUGGUCUUGAUUUCAAUCCGUUGCACUGGUACGAAGGAAAAUGAAAAUAAUGUUGGUUUGUUAUUAUUCCGUGAAUACCUUUUCUGACUCUCCUGUUGCAUCUCCAUCACUAGAGGGCAGCUGUCAGCUGCAGUGAGACAAAAGCACAGUUGGCAUGUCUUUUAACCACCCUUGACUUCAUCACCUGCCACCAGUAUGAGUCACCAGCAGCCAGUGCUUCCUUCGCUCCUGUGGCUGGGGGUGCAUCUGGCCAGUGGCAGUCCAUGCUGCAGUGGCAAGGCUACGCCACAACAGGGAGGCCCCAAAUGGCAGUCACAGUUUGUAGCUGAACAGGGGUUGGGGGGGAAUGUGCACACCUAGGAGCCUAUAAGAAGGUUUUCCUACAGAUUAAAAAUUGGGUGUUAUAUCUGUUGAUUGUAGGGAUAUGUGUGAUGAUUAAUACUUGUGUGACCACCAGAAGUUACUCCUAUAAUCCAGAUGUGAAGCAGAAGAAUUUAUUUACUGCUGUGCUGAAUAAAUACAGAUGUAUGUAGCAGCCUGGUGGUUCACUGGUAUUGCUGCCAGAUGGGUAAUAUGAUGUGUGGCAAGGAAAAGGCUCCCAAGAGAAGUACAGCUUGUAAGCUACUGUUGCAAAGAUAUUGUUAGAAAGAACACCUGAGUUCAGAAACUCGAAAGGUGUGGGAUUUAACCAACCCCUUCUGUGAAGCAGAACCAGCAAGGCCAUUGCUAACCCUGACCACAUGGAAAAGGAUGGAGUUCCAUGGCAUGUGCUGGUGGCUAGCAAUGGCAUUAGUGAUCAUCUUCUGCUCAAGUACUAGCAGAAUUGAACAGGGAUUAAGUUAAUCCUUCAGAGAUGAAUUUUAAAUCACAUUUAUCUGUAACGGUUGUUUAUUUUAAUACUUUGAACUUGGAGUCAUUCCCUUUUCUAAGAAUACUGCUGUAUUUAUAUUUUGAUACCUCUUUGCUGAGAAACAGUACAGCUGUUGGCAUACUGAUUUCAGUAAAGCUCUGAGUUUUGUUUUUAAAUCCUCUAGGUAAAGCACCUCUGCUUGAUCCAUUCCCUCUAUUGAGAGGAAAUGAUGGACUAAAUUAUUUUGGAGUAAUUGAAGCCAAAGAUUUCACUCUUGUAGGAGGGCUACAUAUUUCCUAUUUAAGGCUGCAGUAUAAUGCUGUGCACUUUGCCCCAUAUUCAAGCUCUUCUGCUUACUUGCUUGCUGCCCUAGAGAGCUUAAUAGGUCAAAACUGUGAGAGCUGCCGGUCUAUGAAAGAGCAGGCCAAGAUGGGAGCAGGAGGAGCAGAAAUACACAACCUGUUGGUUGGAGCAUAGUGAGAGCAGGCAGGGUGCACAGCCGGUUAGGUUAAAGAGCAGAGUUGUUGCUGGUUUGGGCCCUGAGUCUGGGAGCAAACAGAUGCCUUUUGCAGUAGAGAGUGUGAGUUGCACACCUAGGCAGGGAGAACUGCAAAGCUGCCUUACUUAAGCAGGGAACACCACAGGACAGCCUUGCAGGGAGACAGAACAGCAGAGUUUGGUACCUGUCAGAGUCAGAUGCUCUUUCAUUUAGCAGCUUGGGGAGGAUUGUUCCUUCCUUUAGCCUCUCCUGGGGGAGAUUAAAGACCAUCCUGUGACCUUUGUACAAGCACUUGAAUCAGGCCUGAACAACUUGGGCAAGACGCUCUCCUUUUCAUACUUUUCUGUUAAGUUCCUGGAUACUGAGUAGAAGAACAUAAAAAGGCCUUUUCAGUCUCACCACAAUGUCAGCACUGCCCCACUCAACGACUUUGCUCCAUUGCCUUGGUCUAUAGACCUUUGUAUGCACUUGGUGAUUAACAUGUGAUGCACUGUCUUGUCACUCCACUCUUUGUAGUGAAGAUAAAGGAAAGUCUGACCCGUACAUAACAACAGGUAUUCUAGAUGUAUUGAUCCUCAGUUGCAUAGCUUAUUGGAGGCUGGCAGGUUAUCUCCACUAAAAACUAUUUCCUUUAUAGUGUGGCCUCCCUAUUGCUAACUCAUGGCUACUUCCCUCUCCUGGCUGGGUACUGCUUAUGUUAAGGUUCAAAAUGCAUUUUAUCAUGUUAUAAGAAGUUGGUAAGACUUGCCUCACAAACCAUUCAUGGCCACAUAAAUAGCACAUGGCAGUUUUCAAGCCAUUAGUUAAUGAUUUUAAUAAAGUUGCAGUGGAGGUGGUAGUCUGUUGCUCAGUUCUAUCUUUCUGAAGUGUGGGUCAGCCUUUAGUAAGGCUCAGGUCACUUGUUUGGCGCCAUGUCUGUCUCUUAAGUCUCACUGACUUAAGCCAAAUAGCAGCACUGAAUGUGGUGUCAUUCCAGACAGCAUGCACCUCGUCUGCAAUUGCUGUGUGCCCAUAGAUGGGUCUGCUGCAGUGGAACUGAAAGCAUUCAGUGUGUGUUAGUUCACUGCUUAACUUCCCCAGAAGUAUCUCGUAUCUCUUACGGAGUAUUUCAGCUAUAGCAAACACAGAAGCUUCACAGUGAUACAGGAUAAUUCCUCCUUUUAUUGUUUUGGUUAUCUCUUGUUCUUUAAUUUCCACAUGACACAAGUCUGUUGUUCCUCAGGUACACAGCAUUCAUUUCCAAGUGACAGCUUCUCUUCAGAUGGUAUGUAGUUAAUUUUCUGGCAAAGCCAAUAGGUUGGCUGCAUGACUAGUGAUUAACAGCAGCCAUUCCCAUUUAAAGUAGAGCCUGUGGUUGGUUCAAAGAAGUAAUUUAUUCCUAAUACAUCCUUUUUUUAGAUUGGUGUAUCUCCUAGAUUUGCAUUCAGUUCUGCUAUCUGACUGAGGCAGUGAUGGAACUUUAUUAUUUUAAUUGCAGACCUCUGGAAUUAAGCCACAUGUUUAGAAAGCAAGAUAAAUUUAAAAGGCAGUUGCACUCCAGAGACAGAAAUUAAUCCUUGGGAAAGGAAAAGUCCUUCUUUGUUUCUGUAGGAGGAAGAUUUCUGAUAAGUGUGUUUUUCCUCUCUGUAAAUUGUCUAGAAAUUCAAAAAGCUAAAUCAAGAAAGAAGCUUCUUUUGCACUUUAGGUUUGCUUUUGUGAAAGCACAAAAUUGUUUCCCAUUUUCUUUGGAAUAUAAUUCAGAUCUAAAAAUAAGACUUCUCUGUUCAGUCUGAGAUAGAAGACAAUCCUGUAAUGCAGGAUGUGUAUGAAACUUAGCUUGUGUAAUUGCUUACUUACAAUAAUAGCAACUGUGUUUGGGGCAUUUCUUUUAUGUCAAACAAAGUCAUAAGCACUCCAUUGUUUUUUUUCUCUUAAGGUGUGAUGUAGUAGCAGGAGUUGAAAAUGUUUUUUACUGAAGACAGAGAGUUAAAAUUGUUUCAGUUGGGGACUACUUGGACUGAUUCAACUCAGAAACUCUUUGGAGGCCUGCAUUGUGACUUGUGAAACAUUACCAGUGUCAGACAUAUGCUAAUAGCAAAUUAAUGCUUGGGACCCAUUUAAUAGUGACAGAUGAUUGUUAGUAGCGAGCUGUUUAAAUGAACAGGUAAGGUGAAAAUUCCUAAGACAAAGAGCUUAGUUGUUGACUUCAGGUACUAAGAAAAGAGUUGAGUUACUAGGCAACUGAGCAUAAAGGACAGCCACACACCUUUCAUUUUGGCUUCACCCUGCAUGCUUGCCUGCUGUAGCUGUGCACACAUGUAACCUUCAUCUGUGGCUCAGUUAUUGUGGUGCUGGACCUUGUGAGGUGGGUUAGGGAUCACAUGUCUACUUUCUGAAAGACUUGUUCAUUCUUGUGGGGAAUCAGAGUAGAGGUACUUACAUAAGUUCACUUCUCUCCCCACUACUUACACUCUUCCUUUUUGUCUCACUACCCCUACUAAGGCCACUGUACAGAGGAUUUAUUACAAGGUGCCAUAGGACCAAGGAGUGUGAAACAAAAGCCAUACAUGUCAAUCCAAGAGACUUCUUGUUUCUCUGCCAAUUGGAGUAGAGGAGAGACACUUCCUAAAGUCAGACAAGGAGAGCCCCUAUAGGCUGCUUCUGCAGAUUUAAGCUGUUAACCAGACUGCCUUGUUGCUGUAACAUUAGUUCACAUUUCCUGGUGCCAUAAGACCUUUGCCUUGUAAAAUCUUAGAUAUUGCUGUCAGAUACUGAGGGACAUCACUGAGGGCUAAUCCUUUUUAUAUGCUCAUGAUAAGCCCAAGGACCAGAGGAACAUCAGACAUACAGAGAAAAGCAUUCUUUGUGUCCAUCAUUUUCUCCAAAAAGUGUCUGAAUCCAGUGUUGUGAGUGGGUGUGCUUAUGUAUAUAUUGAGGUUGGAUAAGAGACCAAAGCAACAAAAGAGAGUUUUUUUAUCUACAGGUAUGAAAGCAAAGUCUGUUUCUCCUUUUCCUGUAACUGGGAAAAUACUGGAUGUGACAGUAUCAUGUAGAUGUAGCAGAAGAUCUCAAUGAAAAACUGGGAACUGAUCAUGUUCAGUACAUUGGUAAAUUAAGACUGUGGAAAAAGCCAGUUUAGCAGGUGUCAAAGUGCUGAGUGAUUUAAAUAAGUUAAUUUGCAGUAAAUACCAACUAAAAGUUUUAGAAGGUAAAUAAAGCUGCAGAGUUCAAAUACAUCUUGCUAGGUGGGGAGUUUUCUCUGGAGUUAUUCUAUGUUUGCCUCCAAAGAAUCUCUGGCAGCCUAAUCUGAAUCACUGGUGCUGAAGACCCAUAAGGCUGAGUGGAUGGUGAAUCUAACUCCCCUUGUCUUUUUUGUGUUCUACUCUGCUUUUACAUGUUCUUUCUCAGAAGGUCUGUCACAGGAAAUGUACCCUUUAUCAGGUAGAGACAGAGGAAGAAUUUUGUAAUCUUUCAGUGAGAGUUAUCUGGUAUAAGCCCAUCUGGACUGGUGAGUCAGGUCCCAUGGGCAAGAAGCUGGAUCCUAGCCCUAAAGCUCAAAGCCAAGAAAGCUUUUCCAAGUAAUGAAGUUUAGGAGCUGCAGUUGGAAAUUAAAAAUAAUUCAAGAUGGUCACCCUGCAACCUCCAGGAUGCCCUAGUAGCUACCUUCUCUACUCAGAGGGAAACAGUCUGCUCUCAACUCACUGCUCCAGGCUGCUAGCAUAGUAUUUCAAUGGGGAGCAUCUUGUAGCUGGUCAUACCUUUUACAGACCUGUAUUCUUGUGAAUUGUGAGGGUUGUCCGUCGGUCCUUAUCUAUGUGAUGUGAAUAUCUUUGAUGUCCUGUGGUUUCAAAAUAGAGUUCUCAGUGCCAGCUAUUUGGGUUUUUUUGUGUUCUAAAUGGAGGAUAUUUCAACGAAAUGUGGCACUGAACCUCUUGCUGAAGAGCACAUAAGACUAUAGCGAGAUCACAUUGCUUCAAUGCUUGGUUUGUGUUACUUAUAUUUGUGUUACGGCUGAUUUAUAAUAGUAUAUUGGAAUUUAUUCUCUUUAAAUAAACUUUUCACUAUGCAACCAAAA